CUCUUCCUUGACGGUCAAGUAUAUGGCCCUUUAAACCUUCAGUUGAUCCAGCCACCAGGCAUCUUAGCUCCACCGUCUGGCUUUUCACUGGAAUCACUGGGGGAAUUCUGACUGCUGAUUGGUGGACAAACUUUCUCCUCCUUUCCUAUAAUCCUCACUAUGGAGGAGUGUGUUCAGACCUGCUGUAUACACACACUUCUCGCUCUCUUCGGCUACAGAUAUUACACCUUGGACACUUCACACCUACAUUUCAUUUAACCUGCUCUGAUUUGGUCCUGAUCAAGCUGCAAGCAUGACGAUCAGAACAGCUCGUCCCAACCGGGGGCAACGUUUCCGGCCUCGUACGCACUGCCUCAAGAAGCUAGACGCCACUGUGGUGGAGAUGCAGGACCCAAAAAACGGAGUAAAAGGUUCAGAGCAGAAGCUCAACGUCACCACCAUUCCUCACGCCAUCGCUGGUGCUAACAUAAUUGCUUGGAUAAGCAACAAGAUGAAGACUACAACAGAAGAAGCGCAGGUCUUUGGCACCAUGUUGGUGGCCUAUGGCUACAUCUACCCGCUGCAGAACCACAGGAAGCUGGUGAUGUGUAACGACAGCAGCCUCUACCGCUUCCAGACCCCUUACUUCUGGCCAACACAGCAGUGGGUUCCAGAGGACUCUGAUUAUGCCAUUUACCUGGCAAAGAGGAACAUCCGUAAGAAAGGCAUGCUGGAAGCCUAUGAGCAGGUAGAUUACAACCACCUGCAUGAGUGGCUGAACCACAAGUGGGACUUUAUUGUAAUGCAAGCCACUGAGCAGUACAAGGCUGGUAGAGACAGGAACAAGGCAGACCGAGUGGUCUUUGACUGCCAGGAGAGAGCCUUUUGGAUUGUGAACAGGCCUCCGCGCCGGACUCACAGUGCUUUGGACGUUGGCCCAGAACGACUUAUUAAUCCCAAUGUAGAAGAGAAAAUCACCUUUGACCAAUACAGACGGGUCAACAUUUUCUACCAGCAAGCCAUCAUGAGAUCCAAGGUCAAAUCUAGCGUUUCACUCGGAGCGCUGGUCAAAUACAUCACCUCCUACAAAAACCACGAUGCUUUCCUGGCUCCUUGUCUACCCAGCAACCCGUGGGAAACGGACCACGACGCGUACUGGACUCUUAACAUGAGAAGAGUGGACGUUCCCACUAAAAUGCGAGUGGAGCGCUGGUCCUUCAGCUUGUUUGAGCUCCUGACGGACCUGAGAGGCCGAGACGAUUUCAAGGUCUUCCUGAAGAAGGAGUUCAGCGGGGAGAACCUGGCCUUCUGGGAAGCAGCUGAGGAACUGAAGUGGGGCACGGCCUCCUCCAUGUCAGCCAAGGCCGAGACCAUCUUCAAGACCUUCCUGGCACCGGGCGCCCCCCGUUGGAUCAACAUUGAUGGCAGGACGAUGGGCCUGACGGUGAAGGGCCUGGAGCAUCCUCACCGCUACGUCCUGGAGGCGGCUCAGACACACGUCUUCAUGCUCAUGAAAAAGGACACAUUCUUCCGUUACCUCAAGUCGCCAACGUACAAGGAGAUCCAGAAGAAGGCGCUGAGCCCUGAGGCCCAUAACUUCAGUCCGGCACAGCUGGAGGAGAACGCUCGGAACCGGAGCGCCGGCAUCCAUCCCAUCAUCCUGUGGCAGCAAGAGGAGGAGGAGAAGGCCAAGGCCGCUGCCGCUUCCGCUCCAGUCGACGUCAAGGCGGUGAUGAGCAAAAUAGACAGAAAGAAGUAGAAACGGUAGACGCAUGUCUGAUCUUGUGAAUGCAAAUUUAAUUUUAUAUAAAAGGGACUCUCUUGGAUUAUAAAGUAUGACUUAGUAAAUGUUACACAUCUACACAUUGUGUUGAUUCUAAACGUACAGAGUACAGGUCUGAGCUUUGAGGAAUAUUGUCAGAACUUUAUCAUUUCUACUCCAGCUUCUUCACGCAGCAUACAGUAAGGACUAAAAGAAACAAUAUGUUGUGCAUCACUACAGCCAUAAGCCUGAUUGUGUUUUAUGUCACAGAAUGAGACAUGACUCUGACUAUCUCUUAUUCUGUGGGAGAGAGAAACGAGAAAGGAGUUCCAGUAUUUUACUAGUAGAAAAUCUGAAAAGUGUGCCAUGAGUCAGAACUGUGCAGGGCUUCUGGGUAAUGUAUUUUCUGGUUUUGAACAUCGACAGACUGACUGACUUUCGUCCUUUCAAAAUGACUCAAACCGAGUCUGAUUGGAAAAAGAACAUCUGUGAACAUCAGCUUUCCAACCUCUAUAUUACAACCUAUAAUAGAAAAAUUCCGCAUGAAUAAAUUUCAUUUCAAAUUUCAUAAAAUCUUAAGAGGAAAUCUGGAACUAAAGUAUAAAUUUUACCACGCUGGUAAUCAUCCGCCUACCUUUAACAUUUACAAGACAAGGAGACACUUUCUUCCCCAGACUAAUGAAAUUAAUCCAAGUAUAGAGACUUAAAAUUCAACUACAUCCAUUCAAAAUGGAUUCUAUGACCUUCAUCCUAUGUAAGACAAUACAGUCAAAUGCAGUUUGAAAAGCCAAAUAAAGUGAUCCAUGUAAGGAAGCGUAUUAGCAUCAAAACACUGACUUUACAGCAGUUUGUGAUGUUGAACAUGUAGUCUCCAUGACGCUGGUUAUUCUCUAAAAAAAACCUCUGAGGUCACAAACAGAACAGCUUAAGGAAAUGUAACCAGUCAAGCUUUGGUCUCUAAAAUCUAAAAAAAAAAAUCCACGUUAAAGUUUCAGCUGAUAAUGGGGGAAAGUUUGUGGGGAUGAAAUAAUCGCUGUAGAAGCAGAAACAUACAUUUCAAGUCAUAGAUAUAAAACACUGCUCACUGUUUCAUGCUGUAGAUGAGUUCUUAUUGUUAUUCAGUGAUUUUGACAUGAAGUGAUGGAAUCGGUUCAUGACUUUCAGUAAAUUACAGAAAUGACCAACUCUAAUAACAUAUUGUUGCUGCAAUAUGUUCAUAACAUUUAUUCUGUAAACACAGGACCAUCACUGGACCGUGUAGCUAAUAUGCAUAGCAUGUAUAGCAUGUUAGUGGAUUUACAUGUAAAAUGUCUGUCCUGUUAACUACAAGCUUGUACAGUAUAUCAACCUGGAGAAUGCUGUAAAUGUAAUAAACUGCAGAAGUAGGA